GAGAGCAGGAGAUCUCGCGAGAGUUGACGUCACGGUUGGGCCGGCAGAGGAAGAAUUGCGGAAGAGGCGGAGCUUCGUGACGGCUAACAAGCUAAGCUAAUUAUCCGUCUGAGCAGCAGCUGCCUUGUCGCCUCUACGCUUAAACAUCUCAACACAAGGUGUUGGAGCCAAGAUGACCGCCGCACCUUACAACUACUCCUACAUCUUCAAGUACAUCAUCAUUGGUGACAUGGGAGUAGGCAAGUCCUGUCUGCUGCACCAGUUUACUGAGAAGAAAUUCAUGGCGGACUGCCCUCACACCAUCGGGGUGGAGUUUGGCACCAGGAUCAUGGAGGUGCACGGCCAGAAGGUGAAGCUGCAGAUCUGGGACACGGCCGGCCAGGAGCGCUUCAGGGCCGUCACCAGGUCCUACUACAGAGGAGCGGCGGGGGCCCUCAUGGUCUACGACAUCACCAGGAGGAGCACCUACAAUCACCUGAGCAGCUGGCUGACGGACGCCAGGAACCUGACCAACCCCAACACGGUCAUCAUUCUGAUCGGCAACAAGGCCGACCUGGAGGCACAGAGGGACGUGACGUACGAGGAAGCCAAACAGUUUGCAGAUGAGAACGGUUUGUUGUUUCUGGAGGCCAGCGCCAAGACAGGAGAGAACGUGGAGGAGGCCUUCUUGGAGGCUGCAAAGAGGAUCUACCAGAACAUUCAGGAUGGAAGUUUGGACCUGAACGCGGCAGAGUCCGGAGUCCAGCACAAACCGUCGGCACCGCAGGGGGGCCGCCUGAACGCUGACAGCCAGCCGGCCAAAGAGGGCUGCAGCUGUUAACCAGCAGGACCCGGAACAUUCUACACACCUGCAGCACAGGACCAAUCAUCACUAAUCUGAUCUGACAGCUCAUUUGGACUAACUCUCCAGGUGCUGGACCAGUCCAGACCAGGUGGAUCAGUCCUACGUCCAGCUCUGCUAAUCUCAUCCGCACUUUUUCUUCUUUCUACUGAAAAGCCUCUCAUCCCAGGCUCCUCUUUUUACGGAACCUUCCAGACAUUGAAGUGCGUCUCUUUGCAUCGUUCCAACAUAUCAAGCCGCUGUCGCCCCCUAGAGGAAGUCCUGGCCGCUACACUUUUUAGCAUUGAAACCAUUCCUCAAGCUAGCUGCCAAAUGUAGUCUUAAUGCACACGCUAGCACCUUCUUUUUGUCAUGGAACCAAUUGUGCAGAAAGUUGACCUUUGACCCAGGUCCUGGCCUUAAGCAGCCUGAAGGGGGCGCUGCAUGUAUGUAACAAUUAUUUAUAUUCCACACUUUCUUUGUAAAUAAACUCAACACCACAUGGAA